CUUCUCUCUCGACAUCUUAUCGUCUUUUUCCCGUGCAUUUAGAGAUAGACGUAGACUUUCCUCGUCUUUAUUGUUGUGCAUUCCCUCCCACUCAGCAUCCCGCAUCGUGGCGCUUUCACCUUCUGCAAGCAUUCAGUUGACUUGUAGACCUUAAUCCCCAUCUCUUCCCGCCACGUCGCCGCAACAAUGGCUCCUCUUCUCGCUGUCCAGCGUGCCGUCGAGCUGCAACCUCCGCCAGCGCCGGGGAAGCCGCACAGCGUGCCUGUUCCAGGAACCGAGAAAGCCGGCAGGACACCCAUAUACAGGCAUUGGCGCUUUGCGGAUGGCCCGCUGCAGACGUUGGACCCGAAUCUUCGGACCAUGCACGAGGUCUUCGAGGCCUCCGCUAACAACAAUCCCGGCAGCCGUUGCCUCGGCUCCCGUCCGUACGACCCGGUAACAAAGUCGUGGGGCCCAUACUUGUGGGAGGACUACCAGACGGUUCAUAGGAGGAGGGCCAACCUGGGUGCGGGUUUGGUGCAGCUGCACAAAGAGGCUGGUGUGCCGGAGGGAGAGAAGUACGGCAUUGGUCUUUGGUGCCAGAACAGGCCUGAGUGGCAGAUAACUGAUCUGGCGGCCAUGUCCCAGAGCCUGUUUACCGUCUCAAUCUACGACACUCUUGGACCCGACACCACCGAGUACAUCAUUAACCACUCUGAGCUGAAGUGUGUCGUCACUUCCCUGAAUCAUGUCUCGACUCUCUUAAAGCUCAAGCCCCGCCUUCCGUCUUUGAAGAUCAUCGUCUCUUUGGAUCCUUUGGACGCGGGAGAGCUGCCGGGUUACUCGAAGAGGGCGCUCCUGAAUGCCAUCGCUAGCGAUAUGGGUGUCAAGGUUGUCUAUGUCAAGGACGUUGAGGCGCUCGGAGAGCAGAACCCGCGUCCGUACAACCCGCCGACACCAGAUGAUAUCAUUACCAUCAACUAUACCUCUGGCACGACCGGCAACCCCAAGGGUGUUGUCCUGACUCACGCGAACGCUGUCGCCGCGACUAGCUCCAGCUUGAUCAUCACAGAGCAGUCGAAUGGUGAUGUCAUCUGCUCUUUCUUGCCUCUCGCGCACAUCUACCAGCGUGUCGGUGAGCACACGGCUCUCUGGGGCGGCGCCGCUAUUGGUUACUUCCACGGCAACAUCGCGGAACUUGUGGAUGAUAUGAAGCUGUUGAAACCCACCGCUUUUAGCGGUGUUCCCCGCCUGUACAACCGGUUUGGUGGUGCGAUCAAGGCGGCGACACUCGAGCAGUCGGGAGUCAAAGGCGCCCUGUCGCGGCGCGUCAUCAACACUAAGAUGGCCAAGAUCCAGGAUCCCACUCCCGGCGCUGCUACCAACAAGCACUUCCUGUACGACCGCAUCUGGUCAAGGAAGGCAUCGGCCGCGCUUGGUCUCGAGCGCACCAAGACCAUGGUUUCCGGAUCUGCACCCAUUGACCCCUCCCUGCAUCAAUUUUUGCGUGCCGUUUUCGCCAACAACUUUGUCCAGGGCUAUGGCCUUACCGAGACUUAUGCUGUCUCGUCAGUUCAAAUCAAGGGCGAUAUGACGGCCGGAAACUGCGGUGCCAGCGCGCCUUCUGGCGAGUUCUGCCUGAUUGAUGUCCCCGAUAUGGAGUACAUGACUUCUGAUCAGCCCCGUGCGCGCGGUGAGGUCUUGCUUCGUGGGCCUACCCGCUUCCGCGAAUACUUCCGUAACCCGGAGGAGACGGCGAAGUCGGUGGAUGAGGAGGGCUGGUUCCAUACCGGCGACAUUGGCGAGAUCGAUGAGUUGGGCCGUCUGAAGAUUAUUGACCGGAGAAAGAACGUCCUCAAGCUUGCUCAGGGCGAGUACAUCUCUCCCGAGCGUAUCGAGAACGUUUACCUGGCAAGCUGCGGAUGGUUGGGAACGGCGUAUGUGCACGGCGACAGCCACCAGGCCUUCCUGGUCGGUUUGUUUGGUAUCAUGCCCGACCAGUUUGCGCCCUUCGCUAGCAAGAUCCUCGGCAAACAGGUCAGCGCGACGGAUGUGGCUGCGCUCAAGCAGGCCGCGGAGAACUCGAAGGUGCGGCAGGCAGCGUUGAAGGAGCUGGACAAGGUCGGCAAGAAGAACAAGUUCAACUCCUACGAGAAGAUUAGGAGCUUGAGGUUGCUCAUUGACCCGUUCACGAUUGAGAACGAGCUAUUGACGCCAACUCUCAAGCUCAAGCGUCCGCAGGCGGCUAAGAAGUACCGCGACUUGCUCGACCAGUGCUACGAGGAGGCGCUCGCUGCGCCAGCAAAGGCCAAGUUGUAGAGUAUCGAUAUAGGGGGCGGCAUCUUGCACGAUUCGUAUUUAGAGGGGCUGAUGAUGUACGGCGGUGUGGAUAGUCGGCAUGGAUACGGGCCGGCUCGGAUGUAGAGCCGAUGAUGUGAGGGGG